AUGUCGGCUGCGGGCUGGGUGGAUCCCGCGGGCCCUCCCGGCAGCUUCGCGAAGCGGGUGCUGGUGACCGGGGGCGCCGGCUUCAUUGCAUCACAUGUGAUUGUGUCUUUAGUGGAAGAUUAUCCAAACUAUAUGAUCGUAAAUCUAGACAAGCUGGAUUACUGUGCAAGUUUGAAGAAUCUUGAAACCAUUUCUAAGAAACAAAACUACAAAUUUAUUCAGGGUGACAUAUGUGAUUCUCACUUUGUGAAGCUGCUUUUUGAAACAGAGAAAAUAGAUAUAGUACUACAUUUUGCUGCACAAACGCAUGUAGACCUUUCAUUUGUACGUGCCUUUGAGUUUACAUAUGUUAAUGUUUACGGCACUCACGUCUUGGUAAGUGCCGCUCAUGAAGCCAGAGUGGAGAAAUUUAUUUACGUCAGCACAGAUGAAGUAUAUGGAGGGAGUCUUGAUAAGGAAUUUGAUGAAUCUUCACCCAAACAACCAACAAAUCCAUAUGCAUCAUCUAAGGCAGAGGCUGAGUGUUUUGUACAGUCUUACUGGGAACAGUACAAAUUUCCAGUUGUCAUCACAAGAAGCAGUAAUGUUUAUGGACCACAUCAAUAUCCAGAAAAGGUUAUUCCAAAAUUUAUUUCUUUACUACAACACAACAGGAAAUGCUGCAUUCAUGGAUCAGGGCUCCAAACAAGAAAUUUUCUUUAUGCUACUGAUGUAGUAGAAGCAUUCCUCACUGUCCUCAAAAAGGGGAAACCAGGUGAAAUUUAUAACAUUGGAACCAAUUUUGAAAUGUCAGUUCUCCAGCUUGCCAAAGAACUAAUACAACUGAUCAAAGAGACCAAUUCAGAGUCUGAAAUGGAAAACUGGGUUGAUUAUGUUAAUGAUAGACCGAUCAAUGACAUGAGAUAUCCAAUGAAAUCAGAAAAAAUACAUGGCUUAGGAUGGAGACCUAAAGUGCCUUGGAAAGAAGGAAUAAAGAAAACAAUUGAGUGGUACAAAGAAAAUUUUCACAACUGGAAGAAUGCGGAGAAGGCAUUAGAACCCUUCCCAGUACAGCCACCGUUUGUGUAG